UCUCCAAAUUUGGGCCGUUUGAUUUAGGGCUGAUCGUAGGGCUUAGAGCGAACCUAGGGUUUAGGGAUCUUGCCGGCGGGCGGGCGGGCGGGAGCGCUGGAGGAUCGGCGAUGGUGAACGUCAGCUUCUACCGCAACUAUGGGAAAACUUUCAAGAAGCCACGGCGGCCAUUCGAGAAGGAGCGCCUGGACGCGGAGCUCAAGCUGGUGGGCGAGUAUGGCCUGCGCAACAAGCGCGAGCUGUGGCGACUCCAGUACGUGCUGAGUCGCAUCCGCAACGCCGCGCGCCACUUGCUCACGCUGGACGAGAAGAACCCGCGCCGGAUCUUCGAGGGCGACGCGCUCCUCCGCCGGAUGCAUCGCUAUGGGCUGCUCGAGGAGGGCCAGAACAAGCUGGAUUACGUGCUGGCGCUCACCGUGGAGAACUUCCUCGAGCGCCGGCUCCAGACUCUGGUGUUCAAGGCGGGCAUGGCCAAGUCGAUCCAUCACGCGCGCGUUCUCGUCAGGCAAAGGCACAUCAGGGUCGGGAAGCAAAUGGUGAACGUUCCAUCCUUCCUUGUCCGCGUCGAGUCCCAGAAGCACAUCGAUUUUGCACUGACGAGCCCGUUCGGAGGUGGCGGCCCGGGGCGCGUCAAGAGGAAGAACAUGAAGGCGGCAUCGAAGAAGGCCUCUGGCGGUGGCGAUGGAGACGAAGAAGAAGAGGAGUAAGCGAGCGUGCUUCCGUUUCCAUUUUCCAGCGGAGAUCUUCCUCGCAGCUAAGAAAAUCUUGUCUAGUUAUUAAAAUCUAAUCGUUUGAAGAGAACAAUAUAACGCGAUUUCUUGAAA